GCUGACGUGGAGGCCUUGGGAAGGCAACCACAACCGGGAGCGGCCGUAGCUGCUAAUCGGACCUGGGAACCGGAGGCCUGAAGGAUGCUAACCAAAUUCGAGACCAAGAGCGCUCGGGUCAAAGGCCUAAGUUUCCAUCCCAAAAGACCCUGGAUCCUGACCAGUUUACACAAUGGGGUCAUCCAGUUAUGGGACUAUCGGAUGUGCACUCUAAUCGACAAGUUUGAUGAACAUGAUGGUCCAGUGCGAGGCAUUGACUUCCAUAAGCAGCAGCCCCUGUUUGUCUCUGGAGGAGAUGACUAUAAGAUUAAGGUUUGGAAUUAUAAACUUCGGCGCUGCCUCUUCACAUUGCUUGGGCACUUGGAUUAUAUCCGUACCACAUUUUUUCAUCAUGAGUAUCCUUGGAUUCUGAGUGCCUCAGAUGACCAAACCAUUCGCGUAUGGAACUGGCAAUCUAGAACCUGUGUCUGUGUGUUAACGGGACACAACCAUUAUGUAAUGUGUGCCCAGUUCCACCCCUCUGAAGACCUGGUGGUGUCCGCUAGCCUGGACCAGACUGUCCGCGUUUGGGAUAUUUCUGGUCUGAGGAAAAAAAAUUUGUCUCCUGGUGCUGUGGAGUCGGAUGUGAGAGGAAUAACCGGGGUUGACCUGUUUGGAACUACAGAUGCAGUGGUGAAGCACGUACUCGAGGGCCAUGAUCGUGGAGUAAACUGGGCCGCCUUCCACCCCACCAUGCCCCUUAUUGUAUCUGGGGCAGACGACCGACAAGUAAAGAUCUGGCGCAUGAAUGCUAAGGCGUUUUCUUUGUGUACCUUUUCAUUUCCUAGGACUGGGGUUCAGACCUUCCGCAGGGAUCAUGAUCGUUUCUGGGUCCUAGCUGCCCACCCCAACCUUAACCUGUUUGCAGCAGGCCAUGAUGGUGGAAUGAUUGUAUUUAAGCUGGAACGUGAGCGUCCAGCCUAUGCUGUCCAUGGCAAUAUGCUGCAUUAUGUAAAGGACCGGUUCCUGCGUCAGCUGGACUUCAACAGCUCCAAAGAUGUAGCUGUGAUGCAGUUGAGGAGUGGUUCCAAGUUUCCAGUGUUCAACAUGUCAUACAAUCCAGCAGAAAAUGCAGUCCUGCUAUGCACUAGAGCAAGCAAUUUAGAGAAUAGUACUUAUGAUCUAUACACCAUCCCCAAAGAUGCAGACUCCCAGAAUCCUGAUGCCCCUGAAGGGAAACGAUCCUCGGGCCUGACAGCAGUUUGGGUUGCUCGGAAUCGGUUUGCUGUCCUAGAUCGCAUGCAUUCGCUUCUGAUAAAGAAUCUGAAGAAUGAGAUCACCAAAAAAAUCCAGGUGCCCAACUGUGAUGAAAUCUUCUAUGCUGGCACUGGCAACCUCCUGCUUCGGGAUGCAGAUUCCAUUACACUCUUUGAUGUCCAGCAGAAGCGGACUCUGGCAUCAGUGAAGAUUUCCAAGGUGAAAUACGUUAUCUGGUCAGCAGACAUGUCUCAUGUAGCACUGCUGGCCAAACAUGCCAUUGUGAUCUGUAACCGCAAGCUGGAUGCUCUGUGUAACAUUCAUGAGAACAUUCGUGUCAAGAGUGGGGCCUGGGAUGAGAGUGGGGUGUUUAUCUAUACCACAAGCAACCACAUCAAAUAUGCCGUCACCACUGGGGACCAUGGGAUCAUCCGAACUCUGGACUUACCCAUCUAUGUGACAAGAGUGAAGGGCAACAAUGUAUACUGCCUGGACAGGGAGUGUCGUCCUCGGGUACUCACCAUUGACCCCACUGAGUUCAAAUUCAAGCUGGCCCUGAUCAACAGGAAGUAUGAUGAGGUUCUGCACAUGGUGAGGAAUGCCAAACUCGUAGGCCAGUCAAUCAUUGCGUAUCUCCAGAAGAAGGGUUAUCCUGAAGUGGCCCUGCAUUUUGUGAAGGAUGAGAAAACUCGAUUCAGCCUAGCUCUGGAGUGCGGAAACAUCGAGAUUGCUCUAGAAGCAGCCAAAGCCCUGGAUGACAAGAACUGCUGGGAGAAGCUGGGAGAAGUGGCCCUGCUACAGGGUAAUCACCAGAUUGUAGAAAUGUGCUAUCAGCGUACCAAAAACUUUGACAAACUUUCCUUCUUGUACCUUAUUACCGGCAACCUGGAGAAACUUCGUAAAAUGAUGAAGAUUGCUGAGAUCCGAAAGGACAUGAGUGGCCAUUAUCAGAAUGCCCUAUACCUGGGUGAUGUGUCAGAGAGAGUACGAAUCCUGAAGAACUGUGGACAGAAAUCCCUGGCCUAUCUCACAGCUGCUACACAUGGCUUAGAUGAGGAAGCUGAGAGUCUGAAGGAAACAUUUGACCCCGAGAAGGAGACAAUCCCAGAGAUCGAUCCUAAUGCCAAGCUGCUCCAGCCUCCUGCACCUAUCAUGCCAUUGGAUACCAAUUGGCCCUUAUUAACUGUGUCCAAAGGGUUCUUUGAAGGCUCCAUUGCCAGCAAGGGGAAGGGAGGAGCAUUGGCUGCUGACAUUGACAUCGACACUGUUGGUACUGAAGGCUGGGGAGAGGAUGCGGAACUACAGCUAGAUGAAGAUGGAUUUGUGGAGGCUCCAGAAGGUUUGGGAGAGGAUGCUCUUGGCAAGGGACAAGAAGAAGGAGGUGGCUGGGAUGUAGAAGAAGAUCUGGAGCUGCCACCUGAGCUGGAUGUACCCUCUGGGGUCACCAGUGGUGCUGAAGAUGGGUUCUUUGUGCCCCCCACCAAGGGAACAAGCCCAACUCAGAUCUGGUGCAAUAACUCUCAGCUUCCAGUUGAUCACAUCCUGGCAGGUUCUUUUGAAACAGCCAUGCGGCUUCUUCAUGACCAGGUGGGAGUAAUCCAGUUUGGCCCCUAUAAGCAGCUUUUCCUGCAGACAUAUGCUCGAGGCCGCACCACCUAUCAAGCCCUUCCCUGCUUGCCGUCCAUGUAUAGUUACCCUAAUCGCAAUUGGAAGGAUGCAGGGCUAAAGAAUGGUGUACCAGCUGUGGGCCUAAAGCUUAAUGACCUGAUCCAACGAUUGCAGCUGUGCUACCAGCUCACCACAGUUGGCAAGUUUGAGGAAGCUGUGGAAAAAUUCCGUUCCAUCCUGCUCAGUGUGCCUCUUCUUGUUGUGGACAAUAAACAGGAGAUUGCAGAGGCCCAGCAGCUCAUCACCAUCUGCCGAGAAUAUAUUGUGGGUUUGUGCAUGGAGAUAGAAAGGAAGAAACUGCCUAAGGAGAGCCUGGAGCAGCAGAAGCGCAUCUGCGAGAUGGCAGCCUAUUUCACACACUCAAACCUGCAGCCUGUGCACAUGAUCCUGGUGCUGCGGACAGCCCUCAAUCUUUUCUUCAAGCUCAAGAACUUCAAGACAGCUGCCACCUUUGCCCGGCGCCUGCUGGAACUUGGGCCCAAGCCUGAAGUGGCCCAACAGACCAGAAAAAUCCUGUCUGCCUGUGAGAAGAACCCCACAGAUGCCUGCCAGCUCAAUUAUGACAUGCACAACCCCUUUGACAUUUGUGCUGCAUCUUACCGGCCCAUCUACCGUGGAAAACCAGUGGAGAAGUGUCCACUUAGUGGGGCCUGCUAUUCCCCUGAGUUCAAGGGGCAAAUCUGCAGGGUCACUACAGUGACAGAGAUUGGCAAAGAUGUGAUUGGUCUGAGGAUCAGUCCUCUUCAGUUCCGCUAAGACCCCUUGGGUUAAUCACAUAUUGUUCCCUCAGAGUGUAGCCUCCAACCUCCCACUCUCCCCUUACACUCGCACUUCAGCUUGUUGACAUUUGGUUCUCCCUAAAAUUUCAUGUCCUUCUCUUCUAUGGCAAAUGAGAAUUUCCAAGCCUGACUUUGUGGCUAGUCCAGCAGACCUCUCUCCUGAAGGUGGCUGUGGCUGUGAUCAUAGAGGACUUUGCCUUACAGCUUGGGUCUUGCAAGAGACAAAUGAAAACCUUGUGCUGAAUGUUUGUUUAGCAGAUUCUUUCAGUAUUUAUUCCUCUCUUACCCAUCACCUUUGUUUCCAUUCCACUAGGAAACAGUGUAAUGUAAAAAAAAAAUGCCAUUUUUCCUCAGCCACACGAAAUUCCUAACAAUCUUGUAUUUUCCUUGGGCAUUUAAUUGGUCAUCAAUAGGUUCCUGAUCUCUGUGGGCCCAGACGCUUGCAGUCUGAAAAGAAGUCUUUUUUUUUUUAUUAUGUGCAAAAUGUAUACCAUUUCUUAUUGACUUGUUUCUGUCCUUUAUUACCAUUGUUCUUGUGUUUUAUUGCUCACACUAAAUAAAAUAAAUUUCUAAGAGA